AUGCCACAGUCGAAACCGACAUCGGCCACUGCCUCCGGAUCUGGAGGCGUGGAGAAGAAUCCUAGAAGAACAGCAAAGAGCCGCAACGGUUGUCAAGUCUGCAAGAUCAAGAGACUAAAAUGCGAUGAGACACGGCCGGCUUGCGACAACUGCACCAAGCGCGGCUAUGAUUGUCCCGGUUAUAGAAAGGCUCUCAAGUGGUCGACGAAGUAUGAAGUCUUGCAGCCUGAUGAACCCGACAGCCAAAAGACAUUUCAUCCUUCCGUGGAAUAUCAUUUCUCAUCUAUCGAUCCGGUAACGUUCGGCCAAGUGUCCACUCUCUCUAAUGAAGAGCCAGCAGAAAGUUAUGAUGGCUACCGAGAAGUCUCUGAAGAAACGGCGCAUCCCACAUUAGUGUCAUACGUCCCACAACCUCAGAAUAUUGCAGGACUAGAACCACAAGGACCUUGUUGCCCUUGGCCGCAACAAUGGUCAGGCUAUCCUGAUGGUGGACACGAGCAAGCCAUGGUCUCGUAUGUUCCUGAUCAGCCAGUCAACCAGAUCAAUGAGAACACAGCAGUCAGUAAUGAGAUCCAAACACUACGGCAGCAACGUCACAACAGCCCAGAGGAAAUGGCUCAAUGGAAGUCAUUGCUUCGGGCUUACUAUCGCAUGGCCACUCCUACCAUAUCGCGAUCUCUCCAGAACGAUAGCACAGGUCUAGUUGAACAUUACUUCCGCGAUAUCUGCGUCCUAUACUCCUCAUUCGACUCGAAACUCAAUCCGUUCCGCACCGUGAUAGGAAAGCUGUGGGAUAGUUCCAACUCGAUCUUCUACGCAAUCCAAAGCAUGGCAGCUGCACACUUGGCCAACCAUAACCCAGGGAUGGAAGUCCAGGGGUUGCAAAUGCAACGGAAAGCAUAUGAAUGCUUGCAACACGAGCUACAGCUAGCACAUGUCAACCAGCAAGUAGACGAUAGACUUCUGCUCACAGUACUGCUGUUGGGUAUGAGCUCGCCAUGGCAUGAGGCCAAUGAUUUAGGGAUGGCCCACCUCAAUGCCGCAAGAGGGCUAAUAUACCCCAGGCUGCUUCGAGAGAAGGGUACCCAGACAGAGGAGAUGACAAGAAACGAUCAAUUCUUUGCCGAAGCCCUCAUUUAUUGGGAAAUGUGUGUUGCUUUUGUGCACAAAGAACCUAUUACUUUGGGCCGGGAGAGACCCAGCGACGAGACACAUUACAAUGAGGCCCGAACGAUAGGCACGAAGGUGAUGCCGCACCCCUGGACGGGUGUAGGCCCCAGAGCACAAGUCCUCUUCGCUGAGGUCGGCCGACUUGUCCGGAACUACCGAGCUAUAUCGUCGCCACUCUCAUAUGGAGCAACAAGCGAGCACGUUGAUCCCACCAAAAUCAUCACUGCAGCCAUGGAGUUCGAGGAAGAACUACUCAAUAUCCGCUGGCCAGCCAUUGACGACCUUGUGGACGUGCAAGAUCAACUUACGGGCAAGCUCGAUUUCAUCAUGGUUGCAGAGUCGACUCGUUGCUCAGCUCUGCUGGAGAUCUAUCGAGUCUUCCCUAACAUAUUGCGCAAUCGACUGCUUAAGAAUGCUGAUACCACUGGAACUACGAGUCAGUUUUUCUUCCCCUUUUGCGGGACGCUUCUCCACCAUGAUCCUCAUGACCCGAAGGCAUGGUUGGUGUCACUAGCACGACAUAUCAUGCUGGACUUGAUUGGCAGCAUUCCACCGACUUCUGGUACACGACCACUUCAACUACUUAUUAUAUUGACAGCGUCCGCUGAACUUCAGUUGUCUGGACCUACGACAGCAUUCUCGCUUAAUGUUUUGCGUGCGAGAGAGCUUGCCACGACCAGGCUGGAAGAGCUCUCCAUGCGGUUGCCUUCGAAGCCUGUGUUCAUGAUCAUCAAGCUUAUAAAGGAAGUCUGGCGCCGAUUUGAUAUUGGUGACGAUAGCGUCUUCUGGCUCGAUGUCAUGCACGAGAAUGGCUGGCAGACCGUUAUCGGUUAG